AUGCCCUUCACUCGCGAGCAGGUUCACAACUUUGCUGCUGGCCCCAGCCCACUGCCUACCCCCGUUCUGGAGGAGGCUGCCAAGGGUCUGAUCAACUACGACGGAACUGGCAUGGGUGUCUGCGAGCUGUCGCACCCCAACCUCCGCACCCUCCUCGGCGUUCCCGACAACUACUCGAUUCUCUUCGCCCAGGGCGGUGGUACAACCCAGUUCGCCUCGGUUUUCCUUAAUCUGCUCGCCUACCGCCGCCUCCAACAUGCAGGUGACGUCGACUACAAGCCCCCCAAGGUCGAUUAUGUCGUGACCGGCUCCUGGUCCUCUAAAGCGUAUGCCGAGGCCCAGCGUCUCGCUACUCACCCCUCCCCGAAUGCUCCACCUUUCGCGGACGUGCGCCUCGCGGCCACAACCAAGCCCCAGAAGUUUACCACCCUUCCCAAAGCCGAGGACUACGACUUCUCGCCUGACGCUGCAUAUGUCUACUAUUGUGAGAACGAAACGAUCAACGGCAUCGAGUUCCCGCCUGCCGGUUCCGACUCGCCGUACGCCUUCCCUUUCGACAAGGUCCCCAAGGACGUUCCGAUCGUUGCUGAUUACUCAUCUUCCUUCAUCUCCCGUGCCAUUCCGCAGAUCGAGCGCCAUGGCAUCAUCUACGCUGGUGCUCAAAAGAACCUCGGCCCAUCAGGUGUCACUAUCGUCAUUGUUCGGAACGACCUCCUCGUCGACACCACUGAGGCUAUGAAGCUUGGUGGCAUUCCCGUCGUGCCGAUCCAGAGCGAGUACAAGAUCCUCGCCGAUAACAAGAGCCUGUACAACACGCCCCCCGUCUUCCCAAUCUAUGUCUCCGCCCUCGUCCUCAAGUACCUUAUUGCUGAGCGCGGCGGAAUCGAGGGCCUCGCCAAGACCAAUGGCGAGAAGGCCGCGCUUUUGUACAAGACCCUCGACGAGGCCGAGGCCAAGGGUGCCGUCAAGUGUGUCGUUCGCGAGAAGGACGCCCGCAGCUGGAUGAAUGUCACGUUCGAAAUCAUUGGCGACGGCAAAGAAAAGGAGUUCCUCGAUGGUGCCGAGAAGCAGGGCUUCCGCCAGAUCAAGGGCCACCGCUCGGUCGGCGGCAUCCGCCUGUCUCUCUAUAAUGCAGUCUCGCUCGAGUCUGUCAAGGCCGCGUGCGAGUACAUCUCGCGGUUCGCUGCUUCCUGUUCAUCUUAG